GCUCAGUCGUUGACAGAAAUUCGUGUUAAAAGGUUGUUAUCAGAAAAACCGUUUACUUGAGCAACAACAGGCUUAUGUGUGUAGUUGUUGAAAGAUACACCAAUACAUAGAGUGAGCAUAUAAAAAUAUUUGUAUUUUCAUUCGUACAAUUGAAAGUGUCUGUUGGUUGUAUUGAGCACCAACAGCUGCGUUACUGAGCCAAAGUAUAUUCCCAACUCAAUUCCGUACUUCAUUCACAUCUCGACACUCGUUGUGUUCAGAUCGGUGUUGUCCCGGUUGAGGAUAAGGCUAAAGCCUAAAGCAUAGACCCAGUUACUGGUUAUAAGUGAAUCCUAGUGAGGAUUGAUCCAAGGACAAAGGCAUAUUUUGUCAAAUUAUGGUUUUUAGUAUGUUUCUGGCGGUUGACCGUCCACACUGUUGCAAGUAUGAUAGUGCAGGAGUAGAUGCUGUAAGGAAUCCGUGUGACUCUGUGUCCAAUCCACUGCUAAAGUUCACUUGGAAUUCGCUGCCACCAACAAGUGAGGUGCCCGUUUGGUAGUUUUCUUCAAUUCCAUUCAGUGUCAUUUCCGUUCGACUACCCUCGAUUUAUCCGUUUGCUGGAAGUGUGUACUUCUACUUUCUUUUCCGUUUGUUUUUUUUACCUUGCAAGGACCUAAGUGUUGCGGUGUUAUUUUUUUUUUAAAUUUCUAAUACCCUAAAUUCCUGUGAGUGACACGUAUGCAAAGCCAUUUUUGUGCGAUAAACUCGCCAAUACCUGUGUUGUGCAUCAGUUGAAUGGGUGAUAGAAAAGUUUCCUGAUACCAUUUUGGAGGUCAGUCAGGAAAUCAGUCAUUACAGAAAAAAAAGUAUAGACUCUGAUAGAGCUAAGUAGCCAGUGUUCGAAAAGUUAGUUGAAAAGAAGAAAAAAAACUUUUGGAUAACUCCAAAGAGUUUGAGAAUUUGAAAUACACUUUGGAAUUUGGACCCAGUGUAUUUUGGACUGAAGUGUGCUAAGAAGAAAAGUGUUUUUUUUUUUGGAAAAAAAAGAGUUUGGUGUUUUGUGUUUGGAUAAAUUAGUGGUAUCCAUAAGAUGUCCACAGGAAAACGUCUAGCAAAGCGUUCCAUAAUCGGUACCCGUGUCUGUGCACCCGGUACAGACGGACUCUUUUAUUCCGGUGUUAUACACUCGGUACGUACUCCUGCUAAUUCGCAGGAGAACAACAAUUGUAUCAAUUUAACGCCCAAUACCAAGUAUUCUGUGCGUUUUGAUCAGAAACAGGAUCUCGGUCGACGCGGACUAAAUCGCGAAUUUCGGGAUACUGAAUUGAUCGGACCGGGCUUUCAGAGUGUCAUGAAUGUCCACUUGCGCCCCGGCCAGAAGGUCUUUCUCACCUUCAAUGGACGCGAGAGUGCCGGCGAAGUGAUCACACAUGACAACAUCAAGGACGAAGUUAAUGUGAGGAUUACACCACUGGGACAAGAGGCCCACCUUGAGCUGAAGAAGCGUCUUGAGGAAGUUCGUCUCCUGGAAUCAAGGAGAUCAGCUCGUUUGGCAGAUCAGGAACGUGACACAGACUUUGCCAGGUUAGCUGACAUGGCGGGUGACCGUCGUAGGGCCUCACACAGCAUUGAUGUUCCACUUGGAUUUGCUCAGCAAAACAAUGGUUCACGCAAACGUCGCACUUCCUAUUCACAAGAUGACUACAACGAUGAUGAUCCCAUGGACGAAUGCAAUGCCGCUCUGGUCCUCAUGAGUCUCUCCUGUUCACCACAUUCUCCACGUACAGUUGUCUCCCAGUGGCACUCUGUAUUUGGCUCCAGUCCUGGAAGCACCAGUGGGGCUUCCUGGUCAUCAUCAGGUACCUCAUCGCCACCGCUGAGCGAUGAGGGCGCUCCCAGCAGUACAAAUGGACGAAUUCGCACUACAUCCCUAUCCACAUCUGACGAAGGCAUCGUCAUGGACUACAACGAAGAGAUGCCACGCAAGAAGAGGGCAAAUGGACCCCUCUUCAAAUGUGUUUGGAAGGGCUGCAACGUCAUCCACUCAACAGUGUCCCAGAUUGAAGCACACAUUCGCAAUGCACAUUUAGGGCCAAAGAAGCCACGUCAAUCGCUGGACGACGAUGGCACCUUCAGCGACAGUGAUCACGAGGAGGAAUUCUAUUAUACAGAGCUGGAGGACGAGGAAGAUACCGCUGCUCCAAGUCCACCUUCACCGCCCACACUCAGUCAUCGUGACAUGGCGAGGCCGCCACAUGAAGAUCCAGAAUAUCAGCGCCAAAUCGUGGGCAGUUUCAGACAAGGAUUCCUGUCGCUGCAACAGACUCCAGUAAAGCCACCGCUUCCCAUCGGCCAUGCCGGACCCAUCAGUAUUCCCAACGCAAUUCUGCCCCAGCACAACUACUCAUGGUCUCACCAGCAGAGUCCGGUGAGUCGAUCACUCCCCAAGGCAUCACCACAGAAGCACGUCCGACUUUCUCCACGUCCGUCCACAUCAUAUGCCCCCUAUCCCUCCCCCACAUACACAAACACCAUCACAGCUGUGCAGCACAACGUGAACAUUUACAUGGGGGGAAAUGUGAACCAGGGCGCCGUUGUGGCUCACAGUGCACCCGCCGUGGGCCAUCGGUCGCCGCUGUCGCCGAAUCGGCGCACACGCGGUGAGAAUAAGAAGUGCAGAAAGGUGUACGGGAUGGAGCACAAGGAUCAGUGGUGCACCCAGUGCAAGUGGAAGAAGGCCUGUAGCCGAUUCGGGGACUGAAAAAAGGCCAAGAAAUAAUUUGCCCGGAGAAAUGUCCCACCAUCGAAUCGCGCGCAAAAAUGGGCAAAUUAUUUUUUUCUAAGCAAAAACAAAAGAAAACUAAUUUAAAAACAAUCAACAUAAAAAUCCAUCAAGACCACCAUCCACAUCUUCCACCCAAAUCCAUCGAAAGCUCAAGCUAAAGUUCACAAAAAAGGCUGGACAGAAUUUUUAGAGAGAUGGAAGGACAAUACAGAAACUGAGAAAUAUUUCCAUGCCACGACUUGUGCAAACAAUUUUUAGAGGGCAAGAAGAAAAUUAACCAUAGAGGAUAUUGAUGAGAAAAAAAGAUAUGAUCACAUUUUAAAAAAGAGAAAUGCAACAUUAGCUGCAAGAAUUUCAUUCGAUUUUAAAGUAAUUAGAACACAUAGAAGGCUUUUAGGAUAUCAAUUGAGUUGGAUCUUUAUCAAAAAACUGAAACGUUCAAGUAGAUAGCAAUGUCUGUGGAAAAAGCUUCGUAGAAAUUUUUCUGAGAAACAAGAAAUAUUUGUGUAAAGUCGAUAAGGUAUCAGUGUAUUGGUAUAGAUGUGUGAGAAAGUCUCUAAAAAAAAAGUAACAAAGCAAGGAAAAACCUUUUAAAAGAGAUUAAGAAUUUUGUGAAAAAUAUCUCAAAGAAAUUGAACAGAUAAAACUCAUUGAAAGUGAUAAUAAAUGCUGUAAAGCUAAAAAGCUUCACUUAUUUAAGUUUUUUUUUAAUUUGAAAACUAUUUCAUUUGCGGCAAAAACAUGCUUUUUGGCAUUAGAAUUUUUUCCCUCAAUGUUUGUGCAUUAAUCAAAAAAACAAAUUAAAAAAAAAUGUCAAAAAUGGCAAAUGAUGUGAAAAUUGAUAAGAAUCGUGGACAAAAUAUCUUACAAAGUAAAAAAAAUAGUAAUUUUAUCAUGAAACCCUAUAAUAGUGUAACUCUGAAGAAGAAAAUUACUAAAAAAAAUUAUCUAGACAAACCAAAAAUAAAACAAAAUAUUGUGAAAGAAUAUUUUAAGCAUGGAGACAGAAAUAUAUUUUUUUAGAAGGAGCAACAUUAUUUUUUGCAUAAAACAAAAUAAAGAAAAAAACAUAUGGAAAAAUUAUAAAAAAUAGAAAAUAUAGAGAAAGAAAUAUAUUUGUAUUUUUUUCCAGAAAAUCACUCAAAAUUUUUAUAGAUGCAAAUUAAAAGAUACAAAAAAAACAAAAAGAAACAACCUUUUAUUCACUGAAAAAAGUGCAAAAUAAAAUAUAUCUCUGCAAAAUAUAGAUACGAAAUAAAAAACUUCUUUUGAACAAACCCGACAACUAAUUCCGAAAAUUUUCAAAAUUUUCGGAAGUAAAAAGAACCAUGGAAAAAAUAUAUGCAAAAACAAUCUAAAAAAUCAUUAAAAUCACGAUCAUAGUGACACUAAAGGCAAGGCAGUCAGUUGAUGUUUCAAUUGAGAUCGAUCAAAUGAGAAAUUGAAUGAGGAAAAAAUUAAGAAAAAGGGGGAAACUAUUUAGAAAAAAAAAUUAAAAUUCGAAUUAAAGGCACAGCAAAAAAAUAAAAUUGUACUAAAUAUUAUUUCCGGCAGUGUUGAAGACACUUUGAAAGAAUUUUGAUCAAAGAAAAAAAAAGAGGUUUCAAUAUUGCAAAGUAUCGAAAUAAUUGGCAAAUAUUUUUCAUCGUUCUAUCUCUUUAAAAAAAAAAUAAAAAAAAACAAGAAUGAGAAGAGCAAAAGAAUUUUUGAAGAGGCCGAAGGACAAUUCGAUUGAAAAUUUGAAAAAUAACUAUAAAUAAAAAAUAUUUUAAAAAUAAAGAAAAACGAAGAAAGAUUAUAGAAACAAUAAAAUUCGAAAAGGCUGAUUUAGUUGUUACGUGUUUUACCAUAUCAAUUUAUUGAGAAGAAAAAUAAACAAAUAAAUGAGAAAAAAUACUAGUAAAUUGAAUUAAAAAAAAAACUUGGAGUUAAAUAUGAAAAAUUUCUACAAAUACUUUUGUGUUGUCAAAUUUUUCCUUGUUGUUCCGUUAGCUUAAUUUUCACCAAUUGUGUUGAAUAAAACAAAAAUAAAAUUUAAUAAUUUUCGAUACCACCUAAUAAAAAAUCCCCGCGUAAAAAAUUAUUUAAAAAAAAAACGAAUCGUCAAUUUUUUGUCAAUGUAUUCCGUUGAAUUUUAAAUUAAUUAAUUUUCGUGUAAAGUCAAAAAAAUUAAAUGUUUUAAAUGGAACACUGCCAAGACUUAAAAUCAAUCUGGUGCGUACUUUAAAAAAAUAUUAGUAAUAGAAUUGAAAAAAAAACAUUACUAUUAAAAAAAACGAGAUGAUUAAAAUUAAAGAAAUCAUAAAAUAGCAUUUUUGUCGGAAAACAAUUCGAAUUUAUAAAAUCAAAUAAGUGUUUAAAGACGCGUUAAAAUACCAAGAAAAAAAUUUUCCAAAAAAACACGAUCGCGAAAGAAACAAAAACAAACAACAAUGUUUUGGCCCCUUCAUCAUUUUCUCGUAAGACGAUAAAACCAAAAUCUUACAGAAGAACAAAAAACAAAAAAAACAUUCACUCCACAUAAGCUCAUGUGAAAAAAAAUGAUCUUUUCCCGCAUCGAUGAUCCCUCCCGAGGAUCACUAUCGAUCGGUAUAACUUCUUAAACUACCAAGAACUAAUUGACUGAUGUUGUCUUUGCUGAUUGAAACGUGAUUACGUUUCCAUGACAACAAGUGUAAAAAUACAAGAAAUAAAUAUAAAAGACUUAUAUUUUUUGCCUAUUAUUGUACAAAAGAAAAAAAAUGAAAAAAACAAAAAAGAUUUAAGUAAAAAAGAAAACAAAGAAAAUACUACAGAAGAAAAAAAACUACAAAACGUGCAUCGUAUUUACGAUGGCACACUUUGAGAUGUAAAAUAAUUAAUUUUUAAUGUGAGGCACUCUGCAAAAUAUCUGAUGGAGAAAAAAAAUUAACUAUUACAACUAACUUAUUAAAUAAGAUGAUAUAGAGAGAAAAAUAUUAUAUUAUACAAGAGAAAAUAUAAAAUAUACAAUUUACUAAUAGUGUUUAAGGCGUAAAGAAACUGAAAGAAAAGAUACAAUAUUAUUAAAGAAGAGAGAUAAAGAAAAAAAUAUUAAAAUAAGUCUUAAGGAGAACAAAAUACAUAUUGAUAGUAACUUUAAGAAACUCAAUGGAUCUCUAUCGUUAAAUACUUUCAAUGUUUUCCACUUUUUUCCGGAGCAAAUGAUGAUUGAGAAUGAAAUAUUAUUAAUAUUGUAACAAAAGAGAAAUUAAAGAAAAAAAUUAUUGAUAAAAUAUGUGGACGCGUUACCAGAGGAGGAUAUUAAAAUAAUUUUUAAUAAUGGUUGUAAAUGUGACAAAACCGUUUUUUUUUCGUGUAAAUGUAGAAAACUCUUCCACAAUCACUCCCUCCCCCCCUUAAAGUAAUGUUGAGCUUUUUCUUUAAUAAGCUACAACUAUCCAGUAAUUAAAAUAACACAUCUCUUUUGUUUUUCGGAUUAAAUUUCAUAGUGCGAUCCUGAUUGCGAUUCUGAUCUGCGAUCGCGUCUGGAAUUUACUCCGAAAUACAAAAUUGCACGCGAUCAAUUUGUAUUUUGCGAUUAGUGAUCGUCAUGCAGAUUGAUCACUUGCGAUCAAUGAACACCUGCGAUCAUCUUAAAGGUUGUACAAUGAGGGGUAGAUAACUGGAAGGAUAACGGUUCACUCAAGGGUUGAUCCGUCGAUCCCUUGUUUGGCAAUGGUCAGAUAGUGAUGAUCUGUAAAUGUAUUGCAGAGACCGUGUCUAUCAGUUGAUCUUUCUAAAAGGUCAUGCAGAUUAUAUCGAUCUUCACAAAUAUUCUUUCGCGAAUUCCGCAAGGAUCGUGUCGAUCUGUCAAAGAUUUGUCGAUUUCUCAACGAUCAGGACAAUCUCUUUAUCUAGAGGAAUUGUACAGAUCUGUCGAACACGCAUAAAGUUAGCGAUAUUUCUAAAAUGUCGUUCAGUUUUCUCAACCUGUUAGUCACGCAGAAAAGAUUGAUCCUGACGAUCUAUUUAUCUGUAAGAAUUAUGCAAAUCUAUCGAUCAGGCAUGAAAAUAAUGAUAAUCUGCCGAUUUGACGAUCUUUCGUGAUAAUUAUUACGACUUGUCGAUCUCUUGCGAAGAUCGUGUCGAUCUAUGGAUCUUUAGAUGUGGAUCUAAAGAUCUUGAAGAUUUGCUGAGAUCUCUUGCGAAGAUCGUGGCAAUCUGUCGAUCGUUCUUAAAGAUCAACGAUCUGUUGAUCUUCAAACAUUAUGUACAUCUAUCGAGCUGAUCGAGUUGAUAAAGGUCUGCUGAGUUUACGAUUUUUUGAAAAGAUCAUGACGAAUCGAUCAGUGUCCUUUGUUAAAAAGAUCUCUGACCUUUUUGAAGAUCUCCAUAAUCCGUUGAGCUUUUGCUACAAAUAUGCCGAUCUGAAACAUGAAACCUGCCGAGUUUUCGAUCUUUUGCGAAGAUUAUGACGAUCUGUCGAUAUAACACAAAGAUCUGCUAAUCUCAUACAAAGAUCAUAUUAAUCUGUAGAUCUUCAGAAAGAUUCUUAUACGAGAACCAUGUCUAUCAGUAAAUCUUUUUUAAGAUCGUGAAGAUUUUGUCGAUCUGUUGAUCUCAGAAGAACAUCGUGAUCUUUCAAUGCCAGAUAAAGAUCGUUUAGUUAGAUCAUAACUAGGAUUCUAUUAUGAAAACCGUAUUGAUCUGUUAAUCUUUCCCGAAGAUUGCGUCGAUUUGAUGGUCUUUUGUGAAAUUCACCCCAUCUGUCCAUCUUACUCAAAGAUCAUUUCCAUUUGGAGAUCUUAUACAAGAAUCGUGUCUGUUUCCCGAUCUCACAUAAAAAUCUUGUCGAUUAGCCAAUUUCGCAAAGAUCAUGUUAAUUUGUCGAUCCUAAAGAAAGAUCAUGUCGAUUUGCCAAUCUCACAAGGAUCGUAUCAACUUGUUGAUCUCACAAAACGAUCGUGUGGACCUGCCGAUUUAUAACAGCAAAUCGGCGCCAAUUUGUCGAUUUGUCCCCUACGGGCAACUACAAUUCCCACUUAUCCACCCCUCGGUGUACAACGUCACUUUUCUACGCACUAUCUGGUGAUCUUGCAAGUGAUCUUGCCAGUGAUCUUGAUGGAGAUCGCAUGUUGGAAAAGUGCGAAUAAUCCCCACGCAAUUUUCUUUCUUGCAUUUUCUUAUUCUUUGUGCUUUUUUCAACCUCAAGCUUAGAUCUUUCUUUUUACUAAUUUCUUUCAACGUGAUCAUACUACAAAAGCAAUUGUGAAACAAGACGUGCAAUGAAACAUGAAAAAAUAAAUUCUUGCAUUUUGAAAGAGAGAGAGAAGAAUGAAAAUAAUCCUCGAAAAAAAAAAUAGACAAAUACACUGAACUUGAACUAAAUUCUCCUCGGAAUUCACGUCACGCAAAUUGCAAAUCGUGUUGAAAUUUGAAGAAAAAAAAAAAAGUUGAAAUAAAACCUGGAUAAAGAUUUUCAAAUCAAUUACCUUUACAUGAAUAUUGAUGCUAUAAAAGAAGAACAUCACAAAAAAAUAAAUAUAAUUGUAAUAUUUAAUGGAUGAAAGAACGAUAUAAAAGUUGAUUGAAGAUAGCAAGAAGAAAAUAACAAGAUGAAAGCACUUAAGAGUACAUGAACAAUCUAUUUAGAUGCAAUAUAAAUUAUUCAUAUUAUACACUUAUUAUUAAAUAGUAAUUAUUAACUUAUACAAAAAAAAAUGGAGGAAAAAAAACAAUGAAAAAAAGAAAUUAAUAAACAUUGCAGAAUGAACCAUUUCAAGAUGUAAAAAACUCUUUUUAAUUGCUAAGAUCCCCCAAAACAGAAGUGAAUACAAAAAAAACACAAAAUUGAAAAGGAGGAAAAAUUAUUGAAUAGUGAGUGUCGUUGAAGAAAAAAAAAACCAGAAAUGAUAAAAAUUAUCUAUUAAAUAUUAAUUAUAACUUGAUAGAUUAAACUAAUGAUAUACACGAAACAAAGGAAAAAUUACUAUCAAUAACUAUUUCGAGGGUGAAAGAUGUUUUAAAAAAAAAUCCAAUGUAAGACAAUUUUGAUGAGAAAAAAAAUUAACGUAUGAAUUUUAUGGCUAUAAUGUUUAAAUUUUACUUCUUACCUAAGGUUUAAAUUUUACAAUACAUGCAAGAAUAAAAUGGACAUCAAGUUACAAAUUAAUUUUAAGUGAUAAUUGAAAGAUAAAAUUGUUAUUAAUGCAAUGAGAAGAUAUUUUUUAAUGGCAUAUUUUCUUGGCGGAUAGUUUUCUUCUCAUUGUUAUUUUUUUUUUAUUACACCCAGGUAUAAAUUCAUGAAUAAUUUUUAGCGGUAUUUUUUCAAAAUGUAUUUUUUAUAUAUAUAUUUAUAGAAUUCACUUCGUAUUUGCAAUUUUUUCUGCAAUUUUUUUUUGCAAUUUUCCCUGUAAUAUUUUUUAUGCGCAAUAUUUAUUUACUUAUUUUUAUGAUAUUCUCUUAAUUUUCUCACCUAUACACAAUUUUGGAUGUCGCAAUAGAAUGUACAUUGAGAGGGUAUACACAGUUGUGGUAAAUAAUUUUUGCAGAAAAGUUUAGCAAUAGUACCUGGUUUUGUAGAAAAAUUUAAAGAAUAAAUCAUUUGAAAUGAGCUUUUUCUGAUUUUCCGUUGACGGAUUUAAAUUUAAAUUCAAAUAAAUCGUUCUGACAUCUUCUGUCAAAGGUGACAGCUGGUGAAAUUUUCUACAAAAUUCCUGUAAAAUUGUAAAAUUCUUUUGCAGAUCUAAUGCCAUAUUAGCUGUGUAGUGUUGUUUCUUUUACAAGAUUGAUUAACAUUAAAAAUCAUUGUACUAUUAAAUUUUUGAAGAUAAAAAAAAUGAACGACAAAGGAGAAAACAUUGUUGCAAAUAUUUGUAUGUUGACUAUAAUUUUGACGUUUUUUUCUAUAAUAUUUAAAAAGAAAUGAUAAAAAUGAUGUAAAAUAAAUUUAUUAUACAUGAUUACAAAUUUAAUAAAACAAAAAAUCUAUCGAUUUAUUUCAAAAAUGAUUUUUUUUCUCAAACUCAUUAUUCUGUUUCUGUUUAUCCGUGACUUCUUAUUUUAUUUUCUGGCGCUGAGAUAUUUGAGAAAAUAUAUUGUUAAGAUUUUCUUCCGAUAAUGUAGCCAUUUGUACCUAAGAUCCUUACAAUAACAUCAUUAAGAAAAAAACAAUUUAAAAAAAAAUGAAGUUAAAUAUUUCACCUCUUAGCGGUAAGUGUUCAAUUUAUUUUUGUUUGAUAACUCGUUUUAAUUGCCUUACUGAGUAAAAACGAAAAUGUUCACUGAAAUGUAGAAUGGGGUUAUUUUUUUCUCCGAAUGUAAAUAUAAUUGAACGUAAAACCUGCGAUCGGAGUAUUAGUCUUUAUCUUUAUGGAAACUCCUGAUUUUUUUUACCGUAUUUCUAAUUAUUUAUUAUUUAAUAUUUUUUUCAUUAUAAACUGUCAACUCUGUGACAUAUUCAUUGGCUAAUUUUUUUUUGUACAUAAAAUCGCUUAAUUAUUUAAUUUUGAGUGUCUCAUUUCUCAUCUCAAAAAAAGUCCCAGGCAAUAAAAAUUUUUGAUGUUUCAUUUCCAUCAAUUUAGAUGUCUUUUUGAAUGUUUCAUCGACAAUUUUUGACUGUCUCUGCAAUCUUAAUGAGAGAAUAAAGUUCGUAGUAACAUUAAGUAUUAUAAUUUGUUCGUUAAUUUAAAGGAAAAGGACACCGAAAGGACAAGAAGUGGCAUAAUUUGCAUCCACAAAACUUUAUUUGUUUUAUAUUUCUUUUUCGAGAAAUUCCCCAAAUUGUAUAAUUCAUUUGUAAAAUAUUUGUUUUAUUAAUUAGUACCUUAAUUUAAAAUAAAAAAAUAAAAAUAAAAAACAAAACUCACAUCAAGACAAAAAAUGAUAAGAAAAAUAGUUAAAAAUAGUGUGAAGAAAACAAUGUACAUAUUACAGAAAAAAGAUGGUAUAUAUUGUGAUUGCUAUAGACAAAAAAAAAUAGCUCAAUGAAAUAAACUCUUGACACAGCCAUUGCAGAAGAUAGAGUUUAUGGACUGUGCUAAAACUAAUUGCAUACAAAAUAAAAACUAAGAUGGUGAGGCGAUAAAAAGAAAAUAUUAAUUGUUAAAGAAAUAGUUAAAGGCAAUAUUCUUGAGCAACAAAGAAAAAAACUCUCUACAAUACAGAAGGUUGAAACUUUUUGGUUGGAUGAGGGUAGAGAAAGGCUCAAUGUUUCCCGCCAAAAAGCACAAAAAAAACACAAAAUAAACUCUUGAACUGAUUGAAUAAAGAAUCGAGGUAUUCAAACUUUUCUAACCAAGCAAAACCCCUUCAACCUCCUGCUGUUUUUUCUACAUUCUCUAAAUAAACUUUUUAAGAACCAAAAUGACACCAACUAGCGGUGACAAAUCCUCAACUUCAAUGUACUAUCUUUCAAAAAACAAAUGGGAUUUCAAAAGAAUCUCACAUAAAAUCAACAAUCAUAAAAACAAACAACCAAUGGGAACGUUUACCAUUGCAUACGAUGCAUUUGACAGCCAUGUGUCAUACCUGCGCGCAACGCAUGUCAAAAUUCCGUUUCAAAACUCAAAAUAACCGCCAUACACGUCAAAAUGUAACGGAUGCAACGCUAACGGCCCCCUGUGUCAGUUUGGAAGUUAGUGUUAGAAGUUGUCUCGAGAUAUAUUCCAAGUAAGAAAAAAAUAGACAUAAAGAAAAUAUAUAGCAAAAUUAUUCAGCAACUAAAAAUACUAAUUAAAAAAAAUACAAAGAAAUAGUUCAAUUUUCCCAAAUGACGUAGUUAAAAUAAUAAAACUGAAGAACCAUAUUGAUAAUCGUUGCGUUAAGUGUUAAGAAAUAAACAAGAAAAAAGAAGAAAACCAAUCAAGAAGUCCUCUUUCCCAACAACACAAAUCACUAAGCAUUAGAGUACAUCAGCAAGAUAUAUCAAGACAUACACCACUUAAACCAUUUCAAUUUCCAAAUAUAUUUUACCUUUAAAACAAUUAUUUCAGUAAAUAAUUUUAUUUUCUUUUUAAUCUAUUUAAAUUUAAGAUUGUAAAGUGGAAAGAAAAUCACAUGCAUGAAUUUUAAAUUAAAAGAAAAAAAACCCUUUCGUCGAUUGUUAAAUAUGUUU